AAAAGUUAUCUUGUAUUGUGUAUUUGUGCUCAAGUGCCUUUACUUGAUGAUGGAUGGUUGGCUGUUGGUAUGGGUUUGGCGGGGAGCGGUGUUAUCCCCUGCCACCACCAAGAACAAGCAUGGUUCACACAGUCAUUCAUGAAGGAAAAAAAAAAGGGAAUUUAUUAGAAUAGAAAGUUCUGGUAACCCCAAAACCGCUAAAAGCUUUGGAAACCACGGCUUCUUUCCAGCAUCAGCCUCUUUAUUAUUUUACAACAACUACCAUUCCAUAUGCAAACUUCUCUACUAGCUGACAAACAAAUCAACAAUUCAACUCCCAAACACAAGAUGUCACUAGUCCCUGUCCCACAACCUGACGGACCGCUCUUCGCCGAGGUGGACAUGGGUGGAGACGCCUCCUCCACUACCGUUCGAGCAACCGUGGUCCAAGCUUCAACCGUUUUCUAUGACACCCCUGCUACUUUAGAUAAGGCGGAGAGGUUGUUGGCUGAAGCAGCUGGGUACGGGUCUCAGCUGGUGGUGUUCCCUGAAGCGUUUAUAGGAGGAUAUCCACGCGGCUCCAAUUUUGGUGUUACCAUUGGGAACCGAACUGCUAAAGGGAAGGAAGAGUUUCGGAAAUAUCAUGCUUUAGCCAUUGAUGUUCCUGGUCCUGAAGUUGAUCGUUUGGCAGCCAUGGCUGGAAAGCAUAAGGUGUACUUGGUGAUGGGUGUGAUAGAGAGAGAUGGAUAUACUUUAUAUUGUACAGUUCUGUUUUUUGACUCUCAAGGUCGGUUCCUGGGGAAGCACCGAAAGAUCAUGCCCACAGCAUUGGAGCGUAUAAUUUGGGGAUUUGGAGAUGGAUCAACAAUUCCAGUUUUUGAGACUCCAAUUGGAAAAAUAGGUGCUGCCAUUUGUUGGGAAAAUAGAAUGCCACUUCUGAGGACAGCAAUGUAUGCAAAAGGUAUUGAAAUAUAUUGUGCACCUACUGCUGAUUCCAGGGAUGUGUGGCAAGCAUCAAUGACCCAUAUCGCUCUUGAGGGUGGGUGUUUUGUCUUGUCAGCCAACCAGUUCUGUCGGAGGAAAGACUACCCAUCUCCUCCAGAUUAUCUGUUUUCUGGGACAGAAGACGAACUCACUCCAGAUUCUGUUGUCUGUGCCGGAGGGAGUGUCAUUAUAUCACCAUCUGGAGCUAUUCUGGCUGGUCCCAAUUACAAUGGGGAGGCACUUGUAUCAGCAGAUCUAGAUCUUGGAGAAAUAGCUAGGGCGAAAUUCGAUUUUGAUGUGGUUGGGCAUUAUUCAAGACCAGAAGUGCUUAGCUUGAUUGUGAGAGACCAUCCUGCAAAACCAGUUUCUUUUACAUCAGCAUCUAAAAAACCGAAGACACUCACAAAUAGUGUGUGGUCUCAUUUCGCCCUCACUAAUAGUCAGAUGAAUAAAAGUUCUAAAGCCAUCUGAUGACUGUUGUAUUUUCCUGUAUCGGUUUUGAGUAUCAUUCGACAGAUGUAAAUUGUUAAUACGAAUCCAUAAGUAGAAAAUUACUUUGUGGGAAUGUGUAUCUCGUCUAAUGUUUAGAAUCGGUAAUGAUACAAACCUUGCUUCUGUGAAUCUCACGAGUUUACUUCAUGGAUUGGUGCUGCAUCAAAGCAGUUUAUUUUAUACCAAUAUCAAUACUUUUUGACUGUCAAUUUUCUCGGUUUGAAAGUUUAUUUUGGAAUUCAUUAGCUAGUAUGCAGGAAGUUCAGUUCCUUCUACUUGUCCCUGCCUCCUCAUUGAUAUGCUCUUUAUGUCUAGGAAAUUCCACCAAAAUGAUUUUGUCAUUGGAAUUCCAAGUUACAGAAUAAUUGGAACCGUUUAUAUAAUUUAUGCUGCUGCUUCCUACAAUGCUCAAUUUGAUUAGCUGGGACUUAAUCUCGUGCCCAACUAAGAAUUUUAGAUCUAUAGGACUAGAAGUUAUGUUCUCUAGUAAAAAGAGUUUGCUAACCUUGAGCAUUGGUUCACUUGGUCAUGUUCUCAACUUUAAGGUAUACGUUAUCAUAAGUUUAGGGUUUAAA